AUGGGCCUCUUCUACUACACCCUUUUGGUUGGCCCCUUUCCAACACUCCGAUUUGGACCCCUUCAACGUUUGGCAUACAAUUCCCUGACUCUCACAUAUUUGAAGGAGCGCACAGAGCACCCGUCGCUGAGCGACCUGCCAGGAAUGGGACUGGCAUUCCACGGCCCUUCCACCGACUCUCAACCACAUUCCUCGUUCCGUUCCGACGACCAAUCUGACCCAUUGGAUGGUCCCUGA